CCGAAUUAGGCUAAUUCUCGCGAGAACUUGUUGCUACAGGCAUGGCGGAUUGUAUACAAAUGGAGUCCUGACUUUGUUACCUUCGUAUGCUACAUGAAAGCCGUAUAACUUUACAGAUUAUGAACAAAACAGAAUGAUGGAGGAUCAAAACUAUGGUCAGAUGUAUGGGGGAGAGGAGUAUAUGGGAGUAAUGGCAGGCGAUGACUUCGACGAUAAUGGUAUAAUAGACUGUGAUGACGGAGACGAUGAUGAUGGGAUGCUGGACCUGGGAUCAGAGGAAGAGGAAUCAGUAAUUGAAGAGCCGACUGUGUCGGCUCCUGAGGUGGAGACCAUAUCUAAACAGGAGCAGCUGCGCAUGAUCCAUCUGAGGAGUCACCUCAACCAGCUUACUGAAACAGUGAAGCACCAUCGGUAUCUUACAGAGAAAACCAGAGAGGAGCAGAAACAAUGUCGUAACAAGAUUGAGACGUUGGAGUCAGAAAGAGACCAAGUGUUUACAGAGAUACAGGGCGCAGAGUCAGACGACAACACAUCCGCCCUGUAUCGCCUUAGGACUCAGCAUGAAAGAAUUUGCACUGAAAUAGAAAAUGAACAGAAACUGGAGACUCUAAUAUCAGAGCGCCUGGAGAAAGAAGAGUAUGAGUUGGCUAAGGUGGAUGUGGAGAGAGGCAAGUUUUUACUCCAAGAGGAUGAACUUAUUAAACGCGAACAACAACUGGCCAAAGAGAAAACAGACAUGGCACUUAAUCGUCUGCAAAAGGAAGAAAUGAAGGCCAGGAAAGGGGAGGAGAUUCUUCGAAAACGUGAAAAGAACUACGUGGAAGCAAUACAAGCACAGCAUAAACAGCAGCAGAUGUGUCUGGAAAACGCCCAGAAAAGUCACGAAAAACACAGUAAAUACCUGAAAGAAACUGUUGCUAAGCAUAAAGUGCGUCAAGAGGAAGAAAAUAUCCGCUACAAAGAGAACAUGCAGAAAAAGAUGGACAUGCUGCUGAAACUGAAAGGAGAUAUAACAGCAAACAGAGAAAAUCUGAAGGCACUUCAUGCUCGGGACAAAGCCAUGGAAAAGGAGGAGAAACAGAAGGAGGAGCUAGAAAGACGCAGGAUAUUGUCAGAAGGUGGAAACCCAGAUGAGGUCAUGCUCAUCCGUAAACGCAUCCAGGAUGUUGAGCGUGCUAAAACGGAUUUUCAUCUGGACCAGAAAUCUAAACAGGCAGCCAUUAUGGAUAAAAUCCUGUUGGAGGAAGAUCGCAUGCGGAAAAGGAAGAAACAGUUACCCAAUUUAUGGGUUGACCCUCAGAAGGAAAAGACAAAGAUUGUGGGACCAAUGAAGAAAAAACCUCUGAGGGUAUUUAAGGAGAUGGAUGGAACCUCGUUGUUUGAUGAGACAGAAGCUGGCGGGGUCAGAUUUGACAUGGCUGAGAUUGAGAAGAUGGCCGAAGAUGCAGCUGACCGAGAGGUGGAUGCUCUGACCAAAGAUUCUGAGGUGGAGAAGCCGACCCCUCUCCCUGACUCCAGUGACUCAAGUGAUGCUGAGAGUGAUGAAGAGCUGAAGUUAGAUUUAGCUGAGCCAGAGUUUGAGGGUCUGUGGGAUCAACACAAGCCAUACAAGGUUCCCAAGGACUCAGAGUCAACACUCAAGCUACCGGGUGCAACCAAGAUGGACAGAGAGAUAAUGACAAAGGUUCUGGACAAACAUCGGUCUGGUAUCAUCCUCAAACAGGUAGCUGCAGGCCGAGAGUUCCAGGGAUGUCCGUUUUAUAGCAAGCCCGAUGUCAUACACUUCAAGGAUUUUGUCGUGGGACACACGUACAAGAAGAGGGUCACUCUAACCAAUGUGUCCUAUACAGUCAACUACUGUCGGUACAUCAACAUCACGGAGCGCCUCAAGGACUUCAUAGAGAUUGUGUUUGACCCCCCAGGUCAGAUGUCUGCCGGUCUCACAUGUGAGAUGCUUGUUACCUUCAAACCAAUGAUCAAUGAGGAUUUAGUGGGGGAGGUGAAUUUCCUGUCACAGACCGGCCCAUUCUCCAUCCCACUGCACUGCAGCACCAAGAAAUGUGAUCUUUCGGUGGACACGAGUGUGAUCGAGUUUGGAACCACGGUCAUCGGAGAAACUCUGAAACGUACAUUUACCCUAACCAACAAAGGUGCUCUAGGGACAAAAUUUGAGUUCUUCAAGGUCACAGGGUCAAAGCAGAGGUCAGAAAGUGCAGCAGAAACAUCUCUUGGAAGACUUACGACUGCUGACACUACCCAGGCUAAUAGUCCAGAUUCUGCGUCUGUGAUGGUCAAGAAAGAUGCCAAGGAACAGCCACCUGCCAAAAAGGCCUUAGAUGAACUGGACAAAGCAAGCCAAGAUGUGGGAGGUGGGUCGGAGGAAGGGCACCAGGCCGAGGGACUGAGCGCUGUAGAGGGAGAGCAACCUGCAGAGGGUGAAGAGAAUGUUAUGGCUGAGUCCCCUGAACUAGCGGUUAGUGAUCAUGAAGACUACGGAGCCCUUGACGGAAUGAAGGUCGGUGCAAUGGCCGCUGGAGAGCUGGAGCCAUUUUCCUCUGUAAAACUGGAGAUCAUUUGGCAGCCCACUAUACCUGGAAAGGUCGACACCGAGUUCCUAAUCAGCUUCUCGGAUCCUCUGUCAGAAAGUAUCUCGGUACAAGCCUUGGCCAAUGCUAUUGAUGUACCAGUUUGGGUGGAGAGACAAACCAUUGACCUGCGGAUCUGUAUGUACGACCGCCUCUACCAGGACACCGUCAUUGUCAACAACAGGGCGACAACAGCUUUACGUUUGAAGUUUGAAGUGUGUAAGGAGUUGAGGAACCACCUUGAACUGCUCCCUAAAACUGGCUACAUACAGGCACAGUCUCAAUUUUCUGCUCAGCUCAAGUUCCUGCCCAGACAAAGUCUGUUUGAGGAGGCAGGGAAGUACUUUGACAAAGAAACAGGGGUAUUGGAAGCUCCUAUGACUAUUAGAGUAGCCGAUCAGACUGCCCCUGUGCCGUUUACCGUACAAGCUGUGGUGACAACCUCAGACAUGGAGUUUGACACGACCAGCAUUGACUUUGGAUGCUGUACCAUCUACGAAUCUGUGAAAACCACCAUUAAACUCGCCAAUAAGUCCAUCCUUCCUCAGGAGUAUGGCUUUGUGGGACUCCCUGAUUAUCUGGAGGUACAACCUGAUGACGGAUUUGGAACAUUGCUACCAUUGGAGACCAUUGACCUUGAGGUCAUAUUCAGUCCAAAGAAAGCACGGGAUUAUAAAUUUGAAUUGAAUUGCAAGUCACUGAUAAACAGGGAGUUUAAAAUCCAGUGUAAGGGUGUUGGGGUACACCCGCCGUUAGAGUUGAGCCACCAGGUUGUACACUUUGCCGCCACUGCCCUCUAUGAUGUGUCGACAGCGUCACUUCAUGUCGUCAACUCGCACACCAGUACCAACGAGUUUACACACCCUGUACCCAGGAUUGGCAAAGGUGACAUUGCCCCUGUGGGUCCCACAUCAUUUGAGUUUGUAGUCCCUGAAGGAGCCCCACUCACUAUUUCUCCAUCAGUUGGAACUAUAGAACCAGGAAAGAAAACCCGCAUUCAGAUACGCUUCACUCCAUCACUGCCAGAGAACAGCAUUAAGAAGGAAGCUGUGCGAAUGGGAACAAAGAUGUUGGAAUUGAAAGCUGAACGAGAUUAUCAGGAGCAAUUGAGGAAGGAAAAGGAGGAACAAGAACAGGCACAGGCUAGUUCUAAGAAUGCCAAGCCAGGGGCCAAGGAUAAAGGUGGGGCUAAAGGAGCAGCCAAAGGCAAAUCUUCACCAGUCGCUCCAAAUCUGACUGUAGCUGGUCCUCGUCCUAUCACACCACCCACGCUGGAGUCCAUCACCCGAUCGACCCCAUCCUACACUGCAGCUCAAGGAUCACUGUUGAGACAAUUCCGUGGGAGUUUCCGAUCCUACACUAUACCCUGCUAUGUGGCCUCUGGGGAGUGUUCAAAUCCAGGUGAACUCCCUUACAGUAUACACAACACACUGUACUUAGAAGUUCACUGUCCGAUUGUGAAACCUACUCUGGUGGUAAUAUCUGACAAUGGUAACACUUGUCUGGACUUUGGGGAAGUGUCUCUCGGCCAAAACAUUACCAAAACAAUCACUAUACAGAAUAUCUCUAACAAACACGUGGAGCUGCGUUCUUCCAUCCCAGACACAUCAGGUCCGUUCCUUAUGUUAAAUGCUCUGAGAUUGUUGCCACCAGAGGGUACUCACACCCUUCUGAUGUCAUUCACGCCGACAGCUGGCCGGGUGUUCCAAGAGGUGUUUAAAAUAUAUACCGGGAUAUCAGUGCUGCACGUGACUCUAGCUGGCAAGGGAGUUAAUCCUGUUGUGGAUCUCAGCAUGCCGAUGGAGAAUGGUGUAUUCAAUAUGGGAGCUGUCCUGGUAUCUGAAUAUGUGGAAAAAACAUUUAAGAUGCAAAACUCCUCAUCGCUGUCCAUAGACUACUGUAUGAAGCUAGAGAGCCUGUCACUCUUACGACAUACCAAAGGACAGGAGCUGCCAGAAUUUGUCAAGCGUGACAAAAAGGCAAAAUCACAAGUUGGUACUCAGAACAACAGUGGUCAAAACGUGUUUGAUCUGGUGCCGUCUGAAGGAACAAUACCACCUGGGGGUACAACUGAGGUCACCGUGACCUUUGCCCCUGACCACCCCAGUGACUACUAUUCAGAUGGCAUCAAAAUCGAACUAUUUGGGAAAGAAGAGUCGCACAGCUUUAAAAUUGUUGGAAUGGCGAAACCAAGGAUUAUGUUUGUCCAUAGUGGAGAUAGUAGGUUCCCUAAUGUUGAAUCAUUGGCAGAUGUGCCUUCAGAAGGAACAGAAGAAGAAGAGGGUCGUCAAGGCAUGGAGCCAGUGAUGCUUACUCUUGAGAGUAUAGCCAAGGAAAACGAGUAUGUACCUGCAUCUCGUGACCUACAUAUCGGCUGUGUUCGAACUAUGGCAGUCAGCCAGAAAAAGGAAGGCAGAAAGGAUGCUCGAGGCUCCAAGAAUGGAGAAUUCCAGUUUGAUAACGUACAACCAAUCAUUGCCAAAGGUUUCGGCAUAGAACCACAAAAGGGUAUGGUUGAAGCUGGGGUAUUGAAACCUGUAACCUUCACUUGGACACCGCCUGUGGGACAUGAUCCGAACCAGAUUGUAGACGGCACAGUGACGUUAACACUGAAGGGCGAUGUUACAGAGCAGCUCAAAGUGAUGCUUCGGGCGAUGGUUGUUUCAGAAUAACGACUGUUGAUUUAUGUUUCCUUCUAUCUGUGAUAACGGUUGAAAGUGUGUUGCCUUUAUUGUUUCAAUUGGCACUUCAAUCUCAUAUCCGUCCUAUAAAUUAUAAACUAUUUUACACAUUCAUCGAAAUUAUUUGUUUGGAACUAUUGAGGAUAACCAGUUAAUUAAUUUAAUUUAGUAGGUGUCUCGAGUAACAGUAAAAUUCUAUCAUACAUAUUUGGAAUAUUGAUAGAGAUUGUCAGUGUUACAAGUGACAGUAAAAUUUGAACUGGUUUGUUAAAUAACGAUAUUCAAUGUUACCAGUGACAGUAAAAUUUGAUUUAGUUUAUUAAUAACGAUAUUCGGUGUUACCAGACAGUGAAAUCUGAUUUAGUUUAUUCAUAGCGAUAUUCAAUGUUACCAGUGACAAAAAGAUUUGAUCACGUAUUUGGUAUUUCUUUCAUUAAAGAUAAAUAUUUCAGUUAUUUCUAAAAUAUCUUAACCUUUACUCAUAACCAGACACUUAUUACUGUGAUAAGUUUAUGAAGAAUUUCAGUAAAGGUACAUUUGUAUCUGAUACGUGGUUCUCUAUGGAUGAUGAUAUACAUAUAUAUAUUACAGUUGUGAUAACAUGCAAUAAAUUAUAAACAAUUUA